CGGAGUGCAGUAAUUCUAGUACUUGGAAAUGGCCAGCACCCAGACCAGUUUGAAAACACCUUUUAAAGACUUGACCUCAUUUAAAGGAAACUGGAAGAGGCUGUACAGGGAGCGGAUGGAGGAUGCUCCCAUAAAGAAGCGAGUGAUGGCGGAGAUCAACCUGAAGAGGCGCGGCUUGGACUCCGUCCCAAAACCCGCCAAGGUAAAGAAGGAGCAGACAGAAGAUCGGAACCGCGAGGCCGAGCUGGACAUUGACAGCCGGGGCGAUCCAUACCUCGUGGGCUCGGCUAAAGCUCUGGACCUGAGUCCUGGUCUCAAACACACGUUGGCCCAGUUCACCCUCAGCAGCCAGAGCUCCCUCGGGGGCCCCGCUGCGUUCUCGGCCCGUACAGGCCACGAGCAUUCUCCUGCUGGAAUGCCACCCUUGCCUUCCCCGCCUGUUUUAGGAGGCGGUCCCCUUCUGGUUCCCUGCGACAGCUCCAAUGAGCUCACCCACUCCCUGUUGGAAGGAGAGUCCAUCUCCUGCUUUGUCGUCGGUGGCGAGAAGCGGCUCUGCCUGCCUCAGGUGCUGAACUCAGUGCUGCGGGACUUCUCACUGCAGCAGAUCAAUACUGUGUGCGACGAGCUCUACGUCUACUGCUCUCGCUGUGACGCCGAGCAGCUGCACAUUCUCAAGGUGCUGGGCAUUCUGCCCUUUAACGCACCAUCCUGCGGCCUCAUCACUCUGACGGACGCACAGCGGCUAUGCAACGCCCUCCUGCGUCCCGGGGCUGUGCUGCCGACUGACCCCAGUGGCAAGCUGUUGGCUCAGGGCCUGCUGAAGGAGAGUGAGGCCAGCUUCCAGGUGGAGCACCAGUGUCUGGGCAAAUGUCAGGGCCUCUUCGUGCCGCAGUUCUACACUCAGCCUGAGGCGCCAUGCAUCCAGUGCGUCGAAUGCCAGCUGCUCUUUUCGCCACAGAAGUUUGUCAUGCAUUCGCACAAGUCACCUGAUAAGAGGACCUGCCACUGGGGCUUUGAUUCAGCCAAGUGGCCCUGCUACCUGCAGCUUGCCAGGAAGUACCAGGGGACCCCCGAGGAGCCCAGACUCAAGAAGCUGCUGGACGAGGUCAAAGAGAAGUUUCACUAUCAGCUGAAGAGUUCCCUCGAUAAAAAGUCUGCGGAGGAAGAGGAGAGCCAGCUGAGGAAGCACUCUGUGGAAAUGUGCUCUUCUUCAGACAAGCUAGGUGACGCAGAGCCGACACGGAAGGGGAAACCGGCCCCACCUGCCCUGGAGUUUAACAGUCUCUUCACAGACAUCAAGGAGGAGCCAGGACACCCCACCCUGGUCCAUCCCAGCUACUACCUGUACACGUAUGAUAAGAUGGUGGCUCCCAACGUUUCUCUGCGGAGGGAGGCGGAGAUGAGCCCCGAGAUGCUGGGGGCGCUGCUCAAACACCACUACAGCCGCCGGAUGCUUGGCCACGAAGAGCCGCCUAUAGAUCUCCACGCGUCGCCUCCUGUCACCGGCGGCGCCGAGCAGGCCAAAUCCCAGAGUGCGGCUGCUGCCUUGGCCACUGAGCGGGAAAGCCAAACCCAGGCAGUUUCCAUGGAGACGAUUAGCCCGUGCUGCAAGAAAGCCACCCACAUCCCCUCCCACACUCCUCCUCCUGCAACUCUUCCUCGGCCUGCGUCGUUGCUGUCGGAAACGGAAGCAGCGUCGAAGGACACAAGCUCUGCUAUGAGCGGCGCCGUGGUGGGGGGGGUGGAGGAUGACAAGGACAGGAUUGUUGUGGAAAUCAUGCAGAUGUACAGCAGGCAGCAGGAGAAGCUCAACUCCACCCUACAGAAGCAGCAGCAGUUGGAAAUGGAACUGGAGGCGUUGCGUGGGGGUGAAGCGGCGAGGCUACGGGAGCUUAGCGCCGAGCAGAGGGAGCUCCGCAGCGAGCUGGAGGCGGUGCACAGCGAGCAGGCUCGACGGCUCGGCCAAGCCCGCCAGGAGCAACUGGAACUGGAGACCCGUCUGGAGCAGCUCCGACAGCAGGCCUGCGCCUGUGAGCCCGGGGCCCAACGGCAGCAGGAGGCUCACUAUGCUGCACAGUUGUCGGAGCUGCGGCAGAGGCUGGAGCAGGCAGAGAGCGACCGGCAGGAACUGCAGGAGGAGCUUCACCAGGAGCGCGAGGCACGGGAGAAGCUGGAGCACACCAUUGCCCAGCUCAAGCAGCAGAUGGCCCAGUCUGGUAUGAUGGGAGGCAGCCCAUCCCCUCCUCUUACCCCCGCUACAGGAUCCAUGAACACCCACUCUCCACCCUGCUCUUCCUCCAUGCUGGAGGUCCCGGUGGCCGGCCUGAAGUAACUGCAACCUGCUUAAUUGUUUUCCGAGUCACUCGGCGACUCUACACCCACAAACAGUUCCCUAAGGCUCCCCUUCUACCCAUUUUUUUUAAAGUAUAACUACAAGAUUUAUGUUGUGUUUCUUUUUUAUUAUUCUCAGUCCUCUCUUUAAACAGUAUUUAAAGAUUUUUGGGCAUGUACGUUUGAUUUAAUUUAUAGUUUUUACUGAACUAAUAGCUGCUUUAGAGACAGGAAGUCCCAUCUCUAUCCACCCCCACCGGAUCACAGUCCUUGCUGCUCCCUGCUUCCUGAAGCUAAAGACUGGAUUUUGGACUCCCGUCUCCUCACUGAUGAAACUCUAUGCUAACAGGGCAGCUGGUACCUACAGACUUUAUAAACAUGAAGGUCAAAUGGUCACGAGCCAGCUCUCUCUACAUAUAUAUGAAAAUAUAUAUUUUCUUUGGGACUCCUUAUAAAAACAAAGAAAUAUAAACACUUUCAAGUUUAAGUCUUUAUGGACAGAAAAAAAGACCUUUACUGUACAAAAACAGACAUUUCUAAUGUGCAGAUGUAGAACCUCAAUAGAUAUAUGCCAGUAGUGACGCUGAAGUCAGAGUGACUGAGUGUGAUCCCCCCGCCCCCAGAUUUACCUAGCUAUUCCAGCCUGAAGGGCAGAUUUCCUCUUCACUCCGAUUGGUUGGUCUGCAUCCUGCAUCAAACAGAGCAGCAGCGGUUCUGGCUGUGGGUCUUUUACCGGUAUAAAUGUUUGCAAAGGUUUUCUAGUACUACCGAUCCAAUUCCUGCAAUAAGCCAAUAGGUUUCUCCAGUGGUAUGGGGUACGGAGCAGAAAUGAAACGUUGCCCCCUCCCCACUUUUCGUACACUUUGCCAUUUAACAGGAUUAAAAUAGUUGCUACACUUUCCUGCACGCUUAUAAAAAAAGCCCCGUUUGGCUGAUAAUAUUUCUGGUUCUGCAAAAGUUAAUUUUUCCAGUUAAUCAGACUAAUUAACCAUCCGCUAUAAGCUUGUUAUUGAAUCGCUCUUCAAAUAUCAGCAGCUUUUUAUUCUAGAUUAUGGAAAAGCUCAUGUAUUAAAUUGAUAUAACAAGUAAAGUAACUGUCGUAAUUACAAAGACGAAUGUUCUUUAAAAUUCUAAAAUCAGAUGUAUUUUUUUUCUUCUAAACAAAUUUGUUUUACACACAUUUUCCACUUUUAUUCAUUUUGCCAGUGAUGCACUUCAAAUUUGCAACUGUUGAUCUCAGCAUCAUGGCUCCCCACCCAGGGUGCCAAAGCUGAGGGGACGCCACAUGAUGUGCUAGUUCAAACUUUGCAAACUGUUGUGUUUAUCAGGGCAGAAACCUUAAGAAAAAAGCCUUUGCUUUUCAGGGAUAGUAAAGUGUAUUAGUUAUACACAGCUUUGGUUAGAGGUGUAAGAAGAGGGGGUUGCACAAAAGAAGGGAAGCUCUCAAGGUGACACUCAUACAGAUAUAAGGGAUUAAAGCCCAUCAUCAAAGUAAAAUGGAUAUAGGAUAUUUAACAUUAAAUUCAUAUAACCAAAUGUUCUACAAAUAGUAUGGUAGGAAUAUAUUUAAACUUUUUUGCUUAUUAAAGUAGGUGCAAAACAUCUUGCUGCAGACGAUUCCUUUUAGUGCCAAAGGAAACGAGGUGUGAACAGACAGCAGACCUAGAUCACUUAUUUCAAUUUUAGGUUUCAGGGUAAAAACCUUAAACCGCUCUAUUUACCUCCAAUGCUAUCGUACCCAGAUCUCACUCGGUCCGCAUGCCCGAUUUGGACACAGGUGCAGCUCUUUCUGGGUUACCGUGACAACACAUAGAAAAACCUGCACAUGUGCAUGCACACAGUGGAGUGUGUUGCAGGCAUCCAUGCAGAACGGUGGCCCCAGCGUUCCCAGCAGAUGAUCAAAGCUCCAGCCUGCUUUCUUUUUUUUUUUUUUUUACUUCAUUGUUAGUAGAAGGUUUGGUCCCCCUCCCUUCUCCUGCCGUCUAAAGAAAAAAUGUGGGUCGCAGGUGAAAGCUGUUGAUUCAGUACAGUUUCGGCUCCUCUUUGCACUUAUUCUUCUUGGCUGAGCAAACAGCAUGAAGCAGGGAGGAGGAGGGGGGGCAUUGAGGCUCUCCUUCCUCACUCAUAUCAGGCUGGGUGGCCCUGAUGCCGCGCGUCUCCAGAGGGAGAGCCCCCCCCCCCCCCCCCCCCCCCCCACCUUUCAGGCAGCUGCUGUCGUCUGGGGCCCUCCAGCCACCCUCUGGUGGAUGACCCACAUCCAGAUCCGUUCAGAUGCCUAGGAGGGCGAGCAGACGAGGAAUCUCCUAACGCCCAGGCUUAAGCGCUUUUUAUCGGCACUAUAAAAAGAUCCCUGUGAGCGUCUGUGUGAGUGAGUGAGUGUGUAUAAAUAACUGCCAUGGAUCGUCCCCUGCAAAAACUCUGAGCUUCUUUUUUUGUAUUUUUUUGUUUUUUUAUGCAUCUGCUCUUAAAAUUGACAAGACAUUCCACUGUGCUCCAUCCUGUUUCAUGCAGAUUUUCUUAUCCCGCCUCCCUUUACAGAGACCGACCUUAAGGAGCAGGCAGAGUGCAGGUGGAACAAAUGUACACUCUACUGUUGUUGCAUUUAAAACAUUUAUAAAGAUGAUGAAAGAAAAUAUUUAACAUAUUAACAAAAGAUUUAUAUUCACUGUGUAAAUAAAGUAGUCAUUAAUAUAUUAACUGUUAUUAUAUAAAUAAUCUUUAAAAGGUUAUAACAUUUGGAUCACAGGUGAGGCUUUGUUGGGCCGAAAUGUUUUUGCUUUCUUUAAUUUUAGAGAGAAAGGAAGAAAAAAAAAAGGACUUCUCAGAUGGAUUUUCUGGAGUGGAUGUGGGGGAAUGAAGUGCAUGGUUUGCUCAGACAUGAUAAAAAAAAAGAUAAAAAGAUAAAAAAAACAUUUGCUACACACUCUUACUCCACUUUCAGAACCGAUGCUGUUGUUUUUAUAAAUUAUAUCAUGACAGGCUGUUUUUUUGUUAUUUGAACCUUUUCCUUUUUAUCUAAAUUUAAAAAAAUGCUCAAGAACUCAUUUGGAGGAAAAAAAUAAAGAAAAAAAAAAGUUUGCAUGUUUUGCUACCUUUACAGUUUGUGUCGCCAAGUUACACUCUUCUUUAUUGUUUGAGAAAAAAAAAAAAAAAAAAUCCCAAAGACUCAUUUAUCUCCAUAGAUCCUUUAAAAAGGCUCAUCUGCAUGAAUUAUUGAACAUGUGCAAAGUUUUCCUUCUCUCUGGGGUUGGCCAGGAUAUUAUGCCAGAGUUUGAUUAUGAAGAUUGUAAACUGUAGAAUAAUUCGGUCUGUAUUGAAUUCUUUUGCUUUUAUUAACAUUUAAACCAUGUAUUAACCCGUCAGAUGCUAAUCAGUAUCAGUAUCAUUUUUAAUUCUAUUUUCUUCUGCAGCAGAAAAUAAACCUGAAACAUGUUUUUUUCUUCUUUCAAAGUAGUUUGCAUUUUAUAAACAAGUGGGCACCGUUUAGUCUUUUUGUUCCAUCUAUAACUGACGAGUAGCAGAGGAAACUCUUAAGACGGCAUGCUGGGCCUUUUGUUUUGUUUUUGCAGCUUUUUUAAGAACUUAGAUGUGUUUUGUACAGGGAUGGAUUUUGCCAAACUGAUAAAAAUAAAAAGGAGGCCCCACAGAUUGACUGCAGGAGACUCCAAUUCUUGAUUAAAGGUGGAAUUUACACAUUUUUAAAGAUGGUUAAAUAAAAGAAACCUAAAUAUAUUGCUUUCCCAUCAGUGCUGUUUGGAAAGAUGAACAGCAGUGUCUGUGUGUGACCAUUGCAUACUUCGUUGCCAAUACUACAGUGUGAUGAGACUUUCUUUUUAUUUUCUUGCAUGAAUUAGAGACACUGUUCUCCUACCUCAUGUUGUGAUAUAAAAGUUUUUUUUUCAAAGCAGAGGACACUGCAUCUCUAACUGUUGAGCAUCAUUAAAUGACAAACCUGUAAAUGCUUUUAGAUGAUACCUCAGUUGUAUCUAGUGGAUUAUUUUUUUGUUUUCUGGAUUUUUUUUAUUAUCUUCUUUAUUCCUUGAUUUCAAAUCUUGUAAAUAAAUCCUGUAUAGACGAUGAACUUGGAUCAAAUUCAAGUAAAGUUCUGUAGUGUCAAAUCUAA